GGUCUUACUUGUCCACCCAGUGGCUCAGCUACCCAGCCCUCACUGGGACUUGGAGUUUGGAGUACUGGGUUUCAGUCCAGUUUGACCACCUGGCUGCUGUAGAACUGCAAGCAAAUUCCUUCUUUUGUGUGGUAUUCAGUUUCCCUGCAAUCUAUUGGAACCAUCUUGGAAGUCAGGGCAGGAGCCAGUUUUUGGAGAGGACCUGGUAAAGGGCAUGGAUUGCUGCAGGGCCCUUUUCUUCUUCCUGUGUCUUCUGACAUCUCAGGGCACAACAGCAGAGAUAACAUCGAAAGAGAUCUUCCGCUGGAUGCAGAACAUGGAGCGGCCUAAGGGCCGGAAACCACCUUCUCCUCAUGACCAAGUCCAUGGCCUGGAGCAGAGGCUGCUGAAUGCCACCUUCCAUGACAACACACUAAAGUUGAGCACGAACACCAUCCAGUCUCUGGUCUUCAAGCUAGGCUGCAACUUCACUGGCCUCUCCCUGAGCAGCGCUGCCCAGGAGCGGGUCCCCCAGGCCCGGACCCUGCAUGCCAUGCACUUCCCUGCAGAGCUGACCCGGGACACCUGCUCGAGCCCUGCCCAGCCCAGGGAGCUGCGGCUCAUCUGCAUCUACUUCUUUACCACCUCCUUUUUCCAGGAUAACAAGAACUCAUCCCUGCUCAAUAACCUUGUCCUGGGGGCCCAGCUGGACCGAAGGCGUGUGAACAACCUUAGGGAGCCCGUCAACAUCAGCUUCUGGCACAACCGAAGCCUGGAAGGCUACAGUUUGACCUGUGUCUUCUGGAAGGAAGGAGCCAACAAGCACCGCUGGGGGGCCUGGAGCCCUGAGGGCUGUCACACAGAGCAGCCCUUGCCUUCCCAGGUGCUCUGCCGCUGCAACCACCUCACCUACUUCGCUGUUCUCAUGCAACUGUCCCUGGCCCCGGUCCCUGCGGAGCUGCUCGUGCCUCUCGAGUACAUCUCCUUCGUGGGCUGCAGCAUCUCCGUUGUGGCCUCGCUGCUCACCAUCCUGCUACACCUCCAUGCCAGGAAGCAGAGUGACACCAUAAGACACAUCCACAUGAACCUGCACAUCUCCGUGCUGCUGCUGAAUGUCACCUUCCUUCUGAGCACUGCACUGGUGAUGCCCUCUGGGGCUGCAUGUGUGGCACUGGCCGCCCUCCUGCACUACGCCCUGCUCAGCUGCCUCACCUGGAUGGCCAUAGAGGGCUUCAACCUCUACCUUCUCCUGGGGCACGUCUACAAUGUCUACAUCCACCGCUACAUGCUCAAGCUCUGUGCCCUGGGCUGGGGGGUCCCAGCGCUCCUGGUGCUGCUUCUCCUCGCUGUCAAGAGCUCAGUGUAUGGACCCCAUGCGAUCCCCGUCUCCUACAGCCAGGAAAAUGGCACAGUCUUCCAGAACAUGUCCAUGUGCUGGGUGCAGAGCCCUGUGGUGCAUAGUGUCCUGGUCAUGGGCUACGGUGGCCUCACAACCCUAUUCAACCUGGUGGUGUUGGUCUGGGUGCUCCAUGUGCUGCGCAGGCUCCAAGUACAGAAGAAGGUGCUGGGCCCCAGGGCCUGCCGGGACACAGUCACUGUGCUGGGCCUCACUGUGCUGCUGGGCACCACCUGGGCCUUGGCCUUCUUCUCCUUCAGCGUCUUCCUGCUGCCCCAGCUCUUCCUCUUUACCAUCUUCAACUCGCUGUACGGUUUCUUCCUCUUCCUGUGGUUCUGCUUCCAGAGGUACCACUCAGAGGCAGAGGCCAAGGCAGAGAUGGAGGUGUUCAACUCCUCCCAGACAGUGCACUAAUCCAGGCCUCCUGGCCUGGAGUCCCAGCCUUGCUGGAGCCUGCAGCCUGAGGCCCUGGCUCCCCCCAGAGACUGGCCAUCAGAUGCCCCCAUUCCCUCUGGGGACCCUUGACCAGCUCCAUGGCUUCCCCAGGCAUGCAGGGAAUGCAGGGGCUCUGGCCUCCCCUGACCUGCUGCAGGGCAGCCCUGGCCCCACCUGGGGGCAGCACAGCUGGCCAAGCCUGUAGGCAGACCACGGCCCAAAUGCCAUUCUAAGGCCUGGCUCUGAGUCUCACUGUGUGACCUUGGGGCUGUCAUCUCUCAUGGGCCCUCAGCCUCUACGUCUGUGACAUGGAAGGAAGAGGCUCUGGACCUGCCUAACCCAGCAGCUUUGUGAAUCAUGAAGAAGAUGGGGGGUGUCAGUGGGAGUUCACUCCAUGACCCCCAUCUGCUGCUGAAGGCUGGAUUUCUACCUUCCUCCUGGCCCCUGCCCGGCACUUAGCGACCCAGACACCAGCCUAUGCCUACGGCCGCUUUUCCUUUGACGCUGAAAUGAUGACCACUUCAGCUCUCAGGCCACCUUUCCCAAAGACUGAGAAGCCCAGUCCUUCCCAGAGCCGCCUCCUCCAGUGCUCGGAGAUCCCCACAGCCUUUUAGACCAGCAGCCCAGGCCAAGGGCCUUCUCAGGGUGGGAGGGAUCGCUGCUUUCUCUCCAGCUGAGCCCCCUGGGCCUCAGCGACCUGGCUGAGGAUGACUGGGCUGGUAGAUAGUGGGCCUGAGGGUGAGGGUGCUAGGCCCCAAGUUCUGGCCACAUCCACAAUCCUCGUUGUCCUAGACCUGGCUGUCAGAGCAAGUGAGAGACAAUGCUCACGAAGCCGGUGCUUUUCCCAGGAUGGACACCAGGGGGCGCCGCUGGCCUGUGCGCAGAGGCAUCGGCCGCAAUUGCAGCUGGAAAGGCUGCCUUCACCUGUCUGGAUCUGACGCCCAGGCUGUCACCGCCAGGACUGCACCUACUGAGUGACCGCAGGAGGAAACUCUAACCCUGUUCACACAUGCAGUUGUCUCUUCCCCCAGUGCAGCUGUCCAAGGUCACUCUCUGGGGCUUGUGCCCAGACUGGCUGGGCCAGACUCUCAGGGACCCACCCAGGCCAUUAGAUUUUAUGACCUUGAACCACACAGUGUGGGAAUUGGAGCUGGAUCCGUGUCCUCACAGGGGUUUCCUUUGCUUGUCUGUACAUUUCUGGAUGCAAAUAGCUCCUUACCAGCUGGUGAGUGGUGCAGGCUCUGGGGCCAGGCUGCCCGGGUCCCAGUGCCAGCUCUGCCACUUGCUAGCUGUGUGAUGCAGAUGAGUCUCUAAAUCUUUCUGUGCCUUAGUUUCCCCACAUGUACAAUAGAGACAAUAGUAAUACCUAUUUUGAAGAUUCAGUAAAAGAAUCCAUAUAUAGGG